UACAACGCCCAUCCUCCCAUAAAAUAAACGGCGUACAAGUUAGAUUCCGAGCUAGGUCGCAUUCAGACGACUCCACGCUCCCGUCACAGGUAAUACUUGUGAAAGUUGUCAUUCUCUUUGGAAUAAAUGAAAAAGUCAUUGAAGGGAAAAGAUGAUUCAAGUCUUUAUCUUGAAGAUUGAAAAUCCAGACUGCUUCUGGGUCUGCAUAAAAGGAGGUGGAAAGUUUGUGGACAAUGAGAUGGAUUAUCAAAAACUUCAGUCUGAAAUGAAUCAGUUCUAUAACAAAUCUUUCAGAUGCAUGGAUGAAAUCAAGCCAUCUGCAUUAGAGGAGGGUCAGGCUUGUACUGUUUAUUGCCAGGAACUGAAAUCCUGGUGCAGAGCUGUUGUUAAAUCCAUCAUAUCAUGCACAGACUAUUAUGUUGCCGACUGUUUCCUUGUGGACUAUGCCAAGAGUCUUCCCGUGAAAACAGAUAGGAUUUGUGUUGCCUUAGAAUCAUUUAUGAGAUUGCCUUACAGAGCAAAGAAGUUUAGGUUAUACUGUACAAAGCCGGUAACACUGCGUGUGGACUAUUGCAGUGACAGUGCAGAGAUAGUACCUGCUAACUGUUGGGAUAUUUCAGCUAUUCAGUACUUCCAAAACCUCCUGAAUGCAACAACUCAAGUGGAAGCCAAGUUAUGUGCCAUUGAAAAUGAUUUGUUUGAUGUUUACCUUUAUGUCACAAUAAAGGGUGAAAAGGUGUGUGUGAACGAUGACCUUGUUGCAAAGAACUUUGCUUAUUAUGAGAUGAACAAUAAAAUGUGUAGUACUGCGGAGGACCAAAAGAAAACAACAGCGAAUCUUGAGCCUCCUUCAAAGGAGAUUAAUCCUGCACUUGUUUUUUGGCCAAUGUUGCUACAACCCAAAGAAGCCAGUUCUUUUGAAACAUCUGCUGCUUCUAAAGACUUUAAGAAAAUGGAAUGCAAGGACUUCAGGGAAGCAGUUUCAUGGAAUGGAGUGAGUGAGUCUGAUGUAAUGGUGCCUAUUCCAACUUUGAAACAAGGUGUAACAGUUUCAGUACAGGUAGAUGGGCAAACAGAGAGUACCUUAGGUAAGACAACUACUAAAAUACAGGAAGUGGAGAAAGAUCUUUGUGAGAAAAACAGUGACUUGAAGCUUCUGCAGUUCCUAAAUCCUGAUCCUUUGAAAGUUGCUGAUGCACAAGAAGAGAUGAAGGUAUUGCAAGAAAUUAACUACUUCAUUGCACACCUCCCUGUUGUUCUGAGUAAUAAAAUUGAACCAUGCUCAUCUCUUGAAACAGCACCGUUGUUUCUAGCUCUGAAAAAGGAGCUGCUGAGGAAUCAUUUCCUAGGUCCUAGUCACGUGCAGUCUUAUUCCUGGCCAGCGAUAGCCCGUGGGUGUGAUUCCGUUAUCAUCUGUCCUGAAAAUGACCCACUUUUGUAUCUUCUACCAAUUAUUACAUUUUUGCAGUCAAGAAGUUGCUACAUAUCUUUGCCUGUUCGAAAUGGCCCAAUAGCAUUAAUUGUAUGUCCUGGACAGAAGAAAGCAGAACUAGUGUUUGAACUUCUGGAAACUUACAUCCGAUGUUCCAGGCCUCUUUACCCAAUGUUGCUCUUGUUGGGAAUGAAUAAGGAAGAAAUCAAGAGUGUAAGAAUUCCAAGAGGAUGUGAAAUCAUGGUAACAACCCCACAAAGUCUUCUGCGACUACUUGAAUGCCACAGCUUACUGUUUCUAAGGCUCUGCCAUCUUGUGUUUGAUGAAGUUGAUGUACUCUUCUCUGAGGCCAGUGAACAGAUAUUUAAUAUUUUAGAAUAUUACAAAAAAAAUCUGAAUGUUGGAGAAAAGGAAUCUGCACCUCAGCAGAUUGUUGCUGUUGGAAGCCAGUGGACCAAAAAUGCAGAAUACUUAACUAAAGAGUUCAUGAAUGAUCCAUAUAUUGUAAUCACGGCUAUGGAAGAAGGUGCUAUAUAUGGGAAAGUACAACAGGUGGUACAACUCUGCCUUGAGCAUAAUAAAAUGUCUACAUUACUUCAGACACUGGAUUUUACUCCUACUGAUACUCAGAAGACUCUGAUUUUCACCAGUUCUGUGGAAGAAACAGAGAUUGUUUACAAGGCAGUAAUGAGCAGCUCAAUAUUUUGUCUGAAAAUGAGUCCAGAAAUUGGAUUUCAUUCUGAUUAUGUUAUAGAGCAAUGGAACAAAUGUUCUGGCACAUAUAUUGUAUUGGUUGUAACUGAUGACUCCUUACCAGCCUUAGGAAUUACAGAUGCAACAGGUGUAAUUCAUUUCAGUUUCCCCUCCUCUCCAAGAAUCUUUGGGGCACGAUUGUACAGCAUGUCUGCCAAUUUUCAAAACCCAGUAGAAAAGGUCUCAUCCCUGGAAAAAGAACAAGCAAAGACAAGAUCCAUCUUACUGUUGACAGAAAAGAGUGCGUGCCAUGCUGUUGGAGUACUACGUUAUUUAAAACGCACAGGAGCCAACAUUCCACCUGAAUUAUGUGAUUUUACAUCUGGAGUGUUGGAGGCCAAAGAAGAUUGUAAAAGGGGGAGGCCUCUUUGUCACUACCUUAAAGCCUAUGGAAUUUGCAAGAAUAAAGAGCGCUGUCCAGAUCGACAUCGAGUUAGUUUACAAACAGAUUUGCCUAGAAAGCUGACUGAUGAAACACUGCCAACAGCUGGAACUGUAACAAUACUGCCUCUUUUUGUUGUGGAUGCUACGCACUACUUUGGCCGCAUAGUAGCUAAACAGGAAGAUCAGUAUACAGCUCUUGCAAAAGAGAUGAAUCAGUAUUAUAAGGAAACUAGGAAUUGUGUUUCUGUUGACACAGUGGAGAAUCUGAAAAUGUAUGCAUUACAUAAAGAAAGCUCUUUCCACAGGGUUCAAGUGUUAGAAGUGGAACGAAAAGAAGACUCUGUGUUUUGUAUUCAUAUUAAAUAUAUAGAUGAAGGUAGAACUGCUAAUGUUCAAAAUUAUCACUUGCUGAACUUACCAGAAGAGUUUCAAGAUUUGCCCCCUCAGGCUGUAGAAUUCAUUGUUUGCAGGGUUAAACCUAUUGAUAAUGAAGUGGAAUGGAAUCCAAAAGUUACUAGAUUCAUUAAUCACAAGAUUAAAGGAGAAGUCCAUGAAGCAAAAAUAGUACUUGCCCUGGGGAACACAGUUUGGGUGGAUCCAGUGGUGAGGAUCACCAAACUUCAAAAUCUGAAAACUUCUAUAAAUGAGUACAAUAUUCGCUCUGAGAUCCUGUCUACUGGAUUAGGAGUUGACAACCCUGGACACAUACAGGAACUCCAGAGUUUAUUUAAAGAUGCUGAAAUAGCCCAAGAGCCUGACUUAAUUCAUCCUCAGAAGUGCGGAACAAGGGAACAGACAACACAUGAUUCUCAGAGCAUCUUGGAUCAGGCUACUUGCAAAUCACAGACUACUGAGCAGAUCCUUCCCAGUGUACAGAAUGCACAAGAAAGUGAUGCCAUAAUGAGCGACGGUCCCUCUCACGUAAUUUCACGAGAUAAUUGUAUUGAAAUUGCUGAAAGGAAAAAAGAUGAAGCUCAACAACCUCCUCAGGAAUGGUAACAGAAUUUUAUUUAGUUGGACUUACAGAACUGCCCGGUCGCACAGCUCAGGGAGGGCAUUGUUCUUACCUUGGCCUUCCCUAUCCCUUUCCACCUAACACCAGUUUUGCAUUGCCUCUGGAAGAGAAACCCUUGUGUUUUAUCAAGUCUUAAGAGAAAAGCUAUUUAAUGUAUCUCCCUCUCCCCACACACGCAUGCACACA